AUGGCACUCGGCAAGGCGCUGCCCGAAGAGCUAGGUAUCCGUGAGGAGGAACAGGAUCCCGAAGACGAACGUUUGGUAAUGCAUCGCUGUACCUUGUCCCUUCAUUUCGCAUUCGUGUUCGCACUUUCACCUCUCCGCAAUGUACCUUUCCUGUUCUGUCACUGACAUGGGUAACAUAGAACACAGGACCGCAAGCUCGGCACCUACCACCCAGCUGUGGGCAAGCGCUUCUACCGUGGCUUAUUGCCUCACCUCAACGACGUCGUAUACAUCUUCGAGCAACCUGAGUUCCCCUUCGACCUAGACGAGGCCUUUGCCGCGGAGAUGAUCAAGAAGUGA